AUGAAUCCCUACACCGCGCCCUCCAUUGACGAUGAGCCUGGGGUGGAUGCCCCAGGAGCUCAGGCUCCUGGAUCUGCUAGCUCCAUGAGUGCCAUCACUGGCAUGAGUGGCGGAUCUACUAGCUCCACAAGUGCUGCUGCUGGCACAAGUGGUGACGUCAUUAUGUCUGGGACCAAUACCAUCACUUCUCCUCCUCCCCUGUCUAGUGCUGCCACUCGACCAACUAUCUCUACAACCUCCAGUACUGGAAAGCGCUCACACAAUGCCACAUCCAUGUUCCAUGAUGAUGUGGCCACAUUCGCAUCCACAGUACCUUCAUCGACAUCUGAACUGCCACAACAAUCUGAGGCUCGAGCGUCAAAGAAACAGAAGUCGCGUGCAACCCAGUCACGCGCUGACAGUGGCCAAUCUGCAAUGAUGACCAGCGCUGCAAGAGCAGCCAAGAUCACGCCAGCUGCAGCUGUUGUGGGCAUGCAAGGGUCCAUCAAUCGUCUCACCGAUGUGAUCGAGAAGAAUAUGGUUACUGAUGCGGAAAGGCUGGAGAAGCAGAGACACACUGCCUUGCAUAUCUUGAACGGGGAAGACGCAGACUACUAUCUGUUGCAGGAGAGGGUCAUUGUCAUGCACAUGUUUGCAGAUGACCCGGCUGUCACCGACAUAUACCUUCAAAACGAUGACAAAGACAUGCGGUAUGCAUUCAUCCAGCACAUGAUCCAGUAUAGAUUUCAGAAGGUCCCGCAAGCACCACAAGUGCCAUAUGUCCGUCUGCAGUUGUAA